CUUCGCCGUUCAGUUGCAUUCAUUUCCAAAACAUCUUAGUGUUUAAGCAUAAACUACGACCCCAAUGGCUGACGCUACACCACCUCCGCCACCUCCGGUUGAAGUUUCCCCUCCACCGCCUCCACCAACGAAUGCGGGAUCACCUACCGAUUUCUUGAAGGGUGUUGUCGGAAAACGUGUAGUUGUACGUUUGACAUCGGGUGUGGACUACAGAGGUGUAUUGUCAUGUCUCGAUGGCUACAUGAAUAUCGCUCUGGAACAGACAGAAGAAUAUGUCAAUGGCACAGUCACCAACCGCUACGGCGAUGCUUUCAUUCGAGGCAAUAAUGUCUUGUAUAUCUCUGCUGCUGAACCGCUCUAAUGUUACGAAAAUGUUUGGCCGAGAGAAUUCUAUAAACCACUGUGUUUAGCGUCCCGUUACUUACCAACGACGGGCCGUGGCUGUAGGUGCGACUGCAUAUUCCUCAAGCGCUUCAGCCUCCCGCAUGCGUCCUCCGUCGGUACCCCGCGUUAUGGUUCUUUUGUAGCCAGCGGUUCAAUGCGGGUUUUAAAGAUCAUUGCUAUGUGAAGAGGCAUGGAGUCUCCGUUAUCCUUGUUCAACAGUGUUAAUUUCUUGCUAUGUAUCGCGACACGUUGGUUUUCACGACCGUAAUGGACUCCUUCCAUUUUUGUAUUCUAAUUCAUUCACGAGCUUAGUCCAAUCGGUUGCUCAUGCUUGCUCACACUAUUCCCUGGACCAAUCACUCU